AUGUUCAUCUGGAGUCGUUUCCAUGCAUGGUGCUCAAAUCACCAUGCCAGGCAGAAACACACAACUUGGUGGAGCUUCUUCCUGGCGGGAUGUCCCGACCAGCCACCAGAGACAGCAGCCUUUGAAGACGACGCGUCCACAAGCGAUCUCAUGGGAUCCAUGGUUUAUGCCUUGGCCAAGCCCGAUGGUCUGGAAAUGGAGGACCAGACAAUCAAAUGGGGCAAUGCUUCGACCCACGUGCAGUGCGUCAGGAAACUGAGCCGGAAAGGAGAAUGGUCCACGCGCCGGAUCAUGAUCGAAAGGGGCACCAUCACGUGGACCGCAGAUUCGAUUUGUAAAGAUGUCGGUGUUGUCGACCAGGUGCGGGAGUUCUUCGGCCACGAGAAAGUCUUCUCCUUGGAGUUCCUGACACAGCCUCCGGCGGGGGAUACUGUGGAACUCUUCAAUGGCACGGACUGCAUUAACUUUCAGAACCCGUACCGGCAGUUCACCUUCUGUGCAGAGCCAGGCUAUACGAUGCAGAAGGCGAAGGAAGUGAUGGACGAGCAUUUGGGCAUCUUGGGUGGCGAACGCCAGCUGUUGCAGUUGACCGCCAAGGUUGAGAGGCUCAUUGUAGCCAGCGGCGUUGGUCAGGGCGACGAGCGGGCUGAGGAGGAAGUGAAGGAGUUGGCCCAAGGCAUGGAUGACUCCGGGGACUCCAGUGUAGAAGGCUUGGCAGUUCAGAUUGGAAACAUUUCCGAUUCCGAGGCACCCGAGGUUCAGAAAGCUAAGGAGAUUCUGAAGCAGGUGCAGAAGGGCUCGUCUCUUCUUGCUUUGGGUGAUGUUCAUGGAGGAACUGCGCUUCUGCAAGAAGCAUAUGCAGCGGCCCACGGCCACGAGAAGCUCUCUGACAUCAUGCAUGGCAAGGCUACGAAGCUUGAUGCAUCCGUCGAAGAGCCCGGCGCUGCAAGUGCGGGGGCAGCUGGCGGCAUUUCGACCACGGAGCUCAUCAUUAUCCUUGCCAUUUGCGGUUUCGGAGUACUUUGCGUCGGCGUUGGUCUUGCAAUCGCCGCUAACAAUUUCCUUGAAGUGGACUCUUUGGAAUCCAAGGUGCGGGUACUUAGCAACGUGACCCAGGCGCUGCCACUGCCCCACGUAGCUUAG